GUCAAAAUUAUCAGUACAAAAUAUUUUUUAAUAAUUAAAAAUAGAAAAAAAAAGUCAGUUCGAUUGACAAGAUUAGACUUGCAUCAUCAAUAGCAUCGACAUUGGGGAAUGGACGAGUUUAAUGAUCUGGAGCAAUCGUUGCGUUGGUAUCGCAACUUAUCAGACUUACAGAUCGGGGCAUGCAACGACUUGUUGCACGCACUGCGCGACGAUAUUUGUGAGGAGACAGCGUAUCGGGUGCACGACUGCCUUGAUAUGUUGGGCCUGCACCCGUUGCCCAGCUCGAAGCAGUUGAAGACUAUAAUUGAAAUAAGCCAAGGCAACGACUUGGCCUUUCUCUGGUUUCUGUGGGAGGCGUACUACAAGGAUCAGAACAGCUCCAAGCCUAUAGGGCGGGCAUACAAUUCCAACGAGCAGUUCAUAUUGACGGGCAUUGCCCAUCUGGACAUGGCGAUGACUAAGCGAGGUCUGGAUAAGGUGUUGCCAUUGCCGGAGAAUGGAAAGAGGUUUCAGCAACACUUGCAGCAAAAGCUGCCCAAGCAGGAGCAGAAGCAGCAGCGACAGCGGCAGUAUCGGCCCAAAGAGCCAGCCAAUAAAUUGCCAUAUUUUAUACCGCAGGUGCGACCCAAGAGCGUCAUACCCCCAGCUCGUAUCUCGAAGCUCGAUGAGCGGAAAUGCAGCUUCAAGGACAAGGAUAUACCCAACGAGAGCUCCCGUUGGUUUGCCACAUACGAACUAUCGCCCAUGAAGCGUGAGGUAAAGAAAUGCCUGACGGAUGCAAUCGCUCAGAUCUUUGUCCGCGAGCACAGAUCAACGGACAAAUCGCUCUAG